AUGGGGUUUGGCGCUGUAACUUUGCCAGGAGGCGCGCAGCCACCGCUCCUUGCCCGGAGCCAGGAGGAAAUUGCCGAAGCUGCGGUUCGAGGGAGGGAAAUUAUAUUCGCCGGCUUCCCGCUGGCGGGGGGGGGGAGGGGGGGCCAAGAGCGAGGGCUGCGGGGGCAGGAGCGCUCGUACUCCGUGCGGGUGGGAAAACACGGCCCGUCUGGGCGUGUGAAAGGGUUCUGCAGCCGUCACGAGCAGAACCAAAAGUGUGGGGACAUGUUUUCUCUGCCCUCCGCUGAAUCGCUUGUGGAUGCGUGGGAUGAUGCACUUACAGCUGUCUUCUCUCCACUCUUGUCACAACACAGAACAAUACGAGUAUGGCUGAAGAGAGACAGUGGACAAUACUGGCCCAGCAUCUAUCACACCAUGUCAUCACCAUGUUCAGCCAUGGCUUAUCAUCAUGACAGCAGACGAAUAUUUGUAGGCCAGGAUAAUGGAGCCAUCAUGGAGUUUCAUAUUUCAGAGGACUUUAAUAAGAUGAACUUUGUGAAGACCUAUCCAGCUCAUCAGAAUCGAGUGUCUGCUAUUACUUUCUGCCUGACAUCAGAGUGGGUUAUCAGCACUGGUCACGACAAGUGUAUCAGCUGGAUGUGCACCAGGAGUGGGAGUAUGCUGGGGAGACAUUACUUCACCUCUUGGGCUUCGUGUCUACAAUACGAUCAUGAAACUCAGCAUGCAUUUGUUGGUGAUUAUUCUGGACAGAUCACUCUCCUGAAGCUUGAGCAGAAUACAUGCUCAGUUAUUACAACACUCAAAGGGCAUGAAGGAAGUAUUACUUCUCUGUGGUGGGAUCCUGUUCAACGACUGCUCUUCUCAGGUGCCUCUGAUCACAGCAUUAUCAUGUGGGAUAUUGGUGGAAGGAAGGGGCGAACACUGCUGCUCCAGGGACAUCAUGACAAGGUGCAGGCUAUCUGUUACAUCCAGCUGACACGGCAGCUGGUAUCUUGUUCAGCUGAUGGAGUGAUUGCUGUUUGGAACAUGGACAUCAGCCGAGAAGAG